AUGGCCGAUGACCACGUGCUGCUUCCCUGUGAGAAGCCCUUCGAAGACGAGCUACAGCGAAACCGCGCGCGCGCCGCGGCUCGCAAAGAAAAGUUUGAGCGAGAUAAGAAGGUUGUGCAGUAUGUGCAGAGCCAGACCGGCGUGCGAAAGAAGGAGCCCCUUCGAGGAGAGCUGUCGCAGCUGCACAGCGGCUUUUGGAAAACCACGGAGAUCAGGCGCUGGGUGGAACUCGACGAGCACACCGGCAUCCUGGUGAUCUGGACGCAACGCCCCCCGAAGGGCCUGGUCUACAAGAUCGAGGAGCUUCGUGCACGAAAGAGCUGGUCCUGGUUCAACAGUGGGAAGCAAGACCAGGCUAUUCCCAUCAGUGUGUUUAGCAUGAAGGAGCUGCAGGAUGUUGAUGCCUGCAAGCCAUACUUGAGCAUCUUCCUCCAUUUUAGGAGGAAUGGCCUCAUUUUGAUUGCUCCUGGUGAGGAGGAGUUUGAGCACUGGCUGAACGCCUUGGGCCAGUUCGUUGGCGUGAGCAGUAGCACCUUCAAGUGGAAGCAGGUGCAGGAGGAGGAGGAGGAGUAG